AUGAUUCAAAGGAGGUCAGGACUACUGAUUCAGGCCCAUAGAUCGGCUCUAGCGCCGUCUAUGGCUCGUUCUCGCCAAUUCUCCCGGGUUCGCCAAAUUUCUAGUAAACCAACUGAAGCAUACACCAGGCUUUCUGACGACAACGACCCUCAGAGAGACGCCUUUUUCAAAUAUUCUUGGGGCACAUGGCUCAAGAACGACCGUGCCGAAAAGGAGAAGAGAAUAACGACGUUUUCGAUUGAAGGUCUAACGGAUGUUAUUUCAGAGCUGCACAUCCAGUCGAAAGAUAAUCAGAAAACCAGCGCUUCUGCUCCUGGAGAGGGAGGGAUUUCUGCGCCUUCUUACAACCCAAACCUUACAGUUUCAUUGCCUCAUAACCUGACUGCCAGUCAGAUAGGUUCCUUGAAACCCAACGAGUCCUUGAAGGUUACCGCUAUGGCCAGUAUCCAUGAGGGAAAGCAUCACAGAGUCUACAAAGUCGACACAAAUGCUGAAAAAUCGUUUGUGCUGAGAAUUCCUUAUCCCAUGGACAGUGAAUUGUCUAUAUCUCAAAGGCUAAAAAGUGAAGUUGCAACUAUGGAUUUUGCCCAACUCAAACUUGGACUCAAGGUACCCAAGAUUUACUGCUAUGGUGCUAACGCUCUAAACCCAGUCAGGCAACCUUUUAUCUUGCAGGAAUACAUCGAAGGCAGACUUCUAAUGCGCGAUUGGACUCCUUUGGAAGAUGAUGCCAAGGACGGAAAAGCUCAUCUAGCCAAGUUAAACAAAGUCAUCGAGCCCUUGUCGCAAUUCCAGGCCAAGCUUUUGAGUGUUACAUUCAACAAGUUUGGUAGUUUGUACUUCGCUAAAGACGUGUCUGAAAGCCAAGAUCCAGCCUAUAGUGGCGAAAAGGACGCGUCUCUAGCAAACAGAUGGAGAAUUGGAUAUUCGGUGGAAAGAUGCCUCUGGAGACAAAAAAGUGCCUUGCUUUUAGACGAGCUUAAGAAGUUUGUUGGGCCUUGGUCUAGCGAGAAACCAAUGGAUCUGGUGAAAGAUUUAGGUCAGUUGGAAUCAGAAAAUGCGAGGGCCAGAUUGGCUCUUCAACAGGCUGAUGCAUCGCCUUCUCCAGUUGAUGAAUCAUUUUUGAAUGGACAGAUACGUGCUUUUGAGAGUCUUGCUAAGGUGUCGGACUCGCUUUUCAACACCAAGUCCAGCGUUAUUCCCAAUAUGGAAGAACUUUUGAAACCACGUCUAUACCAUCCCGACUUGGACCCUAUGAACGUUAUUCUCAACGAAAAUGACGGUGGAGAACCUUAUUUGCUCGACUUCGAAAGCACCACGAUCAAGCCAUUCAUCUUACAGAACUCACCACAAUUUGUUGCCUACGAUGGACCCAAGCUUUACAACCUGAGGCAAGACGUUGAGAACUACAAGGAUUUGCCGGAUGCUGAGAAAGUCCAGUAUCAAUUCAUGUACAAGCGCACUCGCAACCAGCACUUGUGGGAGUCGGCAUUGAACAAAAACUUCAAGACUUUAAUCUCAGCGGUGGCUCCCCCUGUGAAACUUUUAAGAACUCCAUACGUGACAUGCGUGGAGCGCAAAAAAGAUGCUGAGUAUCUACUGGUGGACGAAAGCUUGAUCCAAUUGCGCGAAGUUUGGGAGGUUUUUGCCAAAAAUAAAUUAGUCGCCAGCGCCGCGUUUCCCUUGGACUUUUCCGAGGACCACGUUAAACAGCAUGCUACCGACUUGAACGCAUUUCACGAGAAAUUGAUCAAGAGCCCGUUUGCCGCUACACAAGGCUGGAUCCCACAGGAUAUGUUUGAUAACUUGGUGAAGGCUGGUGUGCUAGUGAAGGACGCCAAUGGAGAUCACGUGAUCAAAAACUAA